GCUUUCCAUUUCGAGCCGCCCAACAUGGCGCAGCUCGAUUAGUUUCGAAGUGGGAGUUUUCGCCGAGCCGUUGCAGCUCACUCUCCUGCGCGGGCACCCAGUCUCGUGGCGGCCGUUCAAGCCUCGCCGCGGGUCGACAUGACGCUGACAGAAGGCUCCCGCAAGCGUCCCCACCCAUGCAACGACGAGAGCUGCGAAUUUAUGCCCAUCUCAAAGAAGAUAAACAACCUCAGGAUAAGGGUCAACUCCCAUGACACGGUGGACGAAGAUACAAGCUCUUCGGGCGGCUCCUGUCCUGACCAUGCGCCACUGGCAUCCAUGCUCUCCAACGGCGUCGACAACCCCCACUAUGGAGCCAUCAACCGGCUUCUCUACGAGGCACACAUGCAGAGGCAGCAGCGACUGCUCAGCGCCUCCCAUCAGCGACACCCAGAGCACUGUCCCGGUCCGAGCCGACUGUGACCGCUCCGGCGGUGCCUUUAUGGGACGAUCGAGGACGCUUAGGGUUUUAAAGCUGCCGAUGCAGCAGUUUCACCCUGACAAUGCAGCACUGUUUAUGUAAAGAUGUGAUGGCGGGUGAGUCGCAGGGCAAGAUACGUGCACUCCCUUCGAAGUCUGCAAGCCGGCCACCUCUCCACAUCGCUGCAACCAAUCGUGCCGUUCUUCUCAACGUGACGCGAGCAGUUGUGCUGGCUCCUUCAUUCCAAGGGUGUUUCCCAUCUGCAAUUGCCUCAUAUCUCUCGGUGUUUCUUUUUCUCUGUCUUACCCCCUGCUGCAAGUGAAACCCAAGCUAUCACAUCGCCUAUGUUCAUUGCGCAGUACUAAUCGUAGACGGCUUACACGUAAUGGUGUUAUGUUUGCCUGCACAGCAAUGCCAGUCAUGUUGCACUGCGAUUAGAAAGGUGUGCGAAGACUGUGCCGAAGCUAGUGAUCUUAGGUGCAACAUGUGUGACUGGUUCUCUGCUUGCGCCGAGAAGUCGCUCGCCAUCGUUUCGGUUUCAGUGAGUGACUUCGCUGUGUAUGUUCAUUUUGCGACAUGAAACCUCUAUGCGCAAGCUUGCAGCUCGUGUUAGAAAUGGCAUCACCAGUGAAGGACUCUUUGUCCUCUUCAAACGUCGUGUACAGCCAAGCAUUUGAGAAACUUUUAGAAGUGUGCCGUGGCUGCGCAAUUCGCGAAGAUUUUGUGCAUGAAGACUUGUGCGCCACAGUCGCAGCAUCCAUAACUUAGUGACACUGUGUUUACCGGUCCAUUGAACGGCUAUGUAGGGUUCGCAACAAUGCCGUCUCUUUUUCUGCAUCGUAUGUCAUUAUGAGCCAGUCAUACGCAUUACUGCAAACAAUCACUAAACAAAUAGUACUGCCCAAUGAAGCCAGAGUAACAAUAUUCUCCUAUUCGCCACAUUAGCAUCAAGUUUUUUAUCCGAAGCAACUAGUUCAUACUAAGGCGACAUUUCUGUUAGUGAAGUCAACUUGUGGCUGCACUUCAGUUCAUUGACGGUGCGAGAUUGUCAUUUGAUUUUUAAGCCUUGUAUUACAAUCCACAUGGGACAAUUAUCAGCGUUUUCAUUGUGUGUUAUGAGGGCCCUCAUGUCUGAUGAGGUUGUUAAGGGGGUAGCGUGUGACUUGUCUGCAAAGGUCUUUUUCAUGAGCCUUCACACUGACGUAGUGCCAUAUGGUCAAAUUAUCUUCUGCAAUGGUGCGUACAUGUUGCCAGGAUGUGUGUAAUUCUGUGAAAGAAUGACUAACAUUCUUUGCGAUGUUGCAUUCCUGAAUAAAAUUAUUCAUUGGGGCAGAUGAAUAGGCAGAUCAAUUUAGCAGAAGUGAGUAAAAUUAGGUCCACAACAUGGGUGGACCUUCGGGAAAUAAAUUUUUUAGUUACUAUGGGCAAAAAAAAAGUGUUUUGCACUCUCAGUUAUGUCAACAGGUGGCACUGACUGAUGCUUCCACGUUCAAAUGCAGCUGGUGAGCAUAGGAUAUGUUAUUCGAAGGUCGCAGGAUCGGUCCCUGCAAUUGGCAAGUUAUCUUUUCGUCCACUUUUCUUUGUGCUUUCUUUGGCGCAAAGAAAUUGAAAGAGGAAGCAAGUAAAUAAUGGAAAGAGAAAGGAAAAUAUGAAGAACAAUUAAAAUAAAGAAAAACAAAAGUCGAAAAAAAGAACCAAAAGGAGGAGGAUGCUGAGGAAAGGAUGAGCUGUCAUCUCCAUGGCAAAGCCCCUUGCUGACCUUGUCUUUUAUUCGAACAUUUAUCUCCUCCCCUAUGAAGAUAGCAUCUGUCCUCGUCUUCUACAGAGUUUUCAUUAACCUCCGCGCCCCCACAAAUGACGCAUGAUGGUACAGAGCGCUAAGCACUCAAGUUCUCGGCACACUGUUCAUGAGCAGUUGUACCAGGUGCAGGUCAGUCAAUGAGAGACGAGCCCGGGUUUCUGCACCAAGAACGAUGUGGGAAAAUCUCUCUGGAGUAUUUAUUAGCACAUUGCAUGACACCGUGCAAACAUGGUGUACCGUAGCAUAGUCCAAACCAUAGAGUUGCCUAGAUAUACACUAGAGGGAACUCUGACGCUGGUGUUUAUGGGAGUUUCAACGCAUGGCGCUUCAGCGAGCAUGGGAAGUAUGGGUAGUACAUGGAUUUGCCUAG